AUGAAUUUGCCUUCUGGAUUUGAACUCAUUGAACCAGACUUGGCUAGUGCAGGCAAAUGGUGCAGUCUUGAGGUUUGGAAGAUGGGCACUGUCAAUUACCUGGAGGCACUGAAGCUGCAAGAGAAGCUGACAUAUGAUAGAAAAGCUCUAAAAAUUACUGAUACCCUAUUAUCGCUACAACAUUCACCGACGUAUACAGUUGGCAAAAGGGAAACAGUUCAUAAUCUACUCAUUCCUGAUUCAGAGCUCAAGUCCAUGGGGGCAGAACUUCACUAUACGCAAAGAGGAGGUGACAUUACUUUUCAUGGUCCUCACCAAGCGAUCUUAUAUCCCAUUGUUUCGUUGAGAGAUAUUGGUUUAGGGGCAAGAAUGUACGUUGAGAAGCUUGAGCUAACCAUGAUUGAAUUGGCAUUUAUGUAUGGUGUGAAAGCAUAGGUUGGACAAAAAUGUGAAACUGGGGUUUGGGUUGAGGACAGAAAAAUUGGCGCAAUUGGAGUUAAAAUUUCAUCUGGGAUCACAUCUCAUGGAUUAGUAUUCAACAUGGA